AUGUCCAAAGUUCUUGAAGGUUCUGGCAUCCUCUACGUCAAUUCGAGAAUCGUGGAUAAGAAGCUGCUGCCAGAGUCUCUCUUUCACGAAUGGUAUAGUGGAGAGCACAUCCCAGAUGUAUUGAAGACUGGAGGAGCGCAGGCCGCGUUUCGCUACGAAAAGGCAGAGGUGGAUAAUUCAGCCGCAGACCGUCCAUAUCUAGCCGUCUACUUUAUACCACGGGCCGACUUCCUUGGGUCCAAAGAGUUCGAUGACAUCCCUGUCGUGAGUGAUCAACUGCCAGGCGAGAGCAAGAACAUAUUCGACCUAGCCGAGUUCGAUGUGCGGUUCUACAAUUAUAUAUCAAAGAAGGAGGGGAGCCAGUUGGAAAAUGGUCCGACAGGCUUCUUACGAACGAUGCAAUUCAAUGCUCCCUCGGAAGUUGCUGGAGACCCAAAGGGAAGGCUCCUAGAUUGGUAUACAUCGCAAAAUUGGGGGCAUGCUGCAGAAAGGAUUCGACUGUUUGAGAUGUUCUAUAACACCAUGAAUAAGCUAGCACAGGAGGAUAACCCUCUGUCACAACCUGCCAAGUUUUUGGCUCUGGAAGAAUACGCCACAAUCGACCAGCUGAAAGCAGCAAACAGCGAUACGCAAGGGGUGAUAUUUACCAUUACAAAAGAAUUCGGUGAUCGUGGGAUGAAUUUUUAG